CCUGGGCUGCUGUGGGUGCUGGUGACAAAUUGCAGCCUUGGUCUGGGUCCCAGCCGGAGCGCGAGACAAGCCCUUCGCUGGGUGGUUUUCAACCGGGAGGCGCUAGAGACCCUCCUCGGGGCUGUGCUGUGCUGGCACGGAGUCCCGCUUGCACAGCAGCCGGCGAAGUCAACCUGGAGAGUUCAAAUAGGAUCCCACGGGGAAAAUGCCGAUCCUCAGAAGAUGGCCUUCCUUCUGCGCAAGCAGUGGGCCUUGUACAGCGUGACACCUCUCUACAAAUUUUCCUAUGCAAAUAUGAAGGAGUAUUCUAGGCAUCUGAGUGCCUUUGUUGCUGCUGAAAAGCAGAAAGGACUUGCUGUGGAAGUGGGAAUUGAUCUUGGUAUCAAAGUGAUUUUCUCAACUCUUCUAGGACUAAAAGGUACUGAUCGGGACCAGGCUGCAAUUCUUGUUCAGAUUGCAUCAAAAACCCAGACAUCUGGAAAGGAGGAAGAAAAGGUGGUGUGGUCAGGUUGGUUCUGCUGUGUGUUUGGGGAUGAUCUUUUGGAGAAUGUUCCAGAGGAUUUUACCUGCUUACCCCUAUUUCUUGCAAAUGGGGCAGAGACUUAUACAGCCAUUAUUGGAACCUGGUUUCAGAAGACUUUUGACUGUUGUUUCAGUCGUUUAACCAUCAGCCCACUUAAUCUUGCUUGGAUGGCUGCAAUGUGGACUGGAUACAAAGUGGACAGUCAUGCAGUUGCAACAGAACUUAUUUUCUCUGUGCCCUGUAUUCCUCAGCGUUUGGACAUCUCCUAUGCCAUACACCCAGAGGAUGCACAAGCCCUUUGGGACACAGUCCAGAACACCCAGGGAGAGGUCACUCAAGAAGAAGUGGACUUAUUUAUGGACUGUCUUUACUCUCACUUCCACAGACACUUUAAGAUCCACUUGUCAGCUACAAGACUAGUGAAAGUCUCUACAUCUAUAGCCUCAGUGCACAGUGAUGGCAACCUAAAGAUUCUACAAAGCAAAUACCUAAUUGGAGUGUUGAUGCUUCUAACAGAAUUGGCAAUCUUCCAAAUACAAUGAAACCUUGUAAUGUAGAUAUUUUUUAGCCAUCUGCAUGGAUUCUUCCCUGAGACACCUACUGAUGAAAACUGACUCUUCUUGUAGAUUUUCUUACUUUCCUCCCAUAAUCAAUUUAUUGACCAAAGUGAACAUUUUAACAUGGUCAUGCAUUUUGAACUCUGUAACUCCUGGACUGACAUCUUUAACUGGCAACAUUCAAAGUCUGCAGGAAAACACUUUGCUGUAAUAAGAUCAUUGUAAAAAAGUAGUAUUUCAAAGUCAUAGUAUUUUGUAAUGACCUCACUAAGUAUCUUCUUGUAUCAUUCAGAACCUCCAGACCUGUGUCAAAGAUGUAGGAUGAUGCUUUCAUACCCUUUUAGAGACAUGGACAGACAUGCAUCCCCUGGUGUCACUUACUAUAGUUUUGUACAUUCAUGUAAGAUGCAUGGAUCUUGCUGUACCUUGUUGCUGGGGGAAGGGAUUGCAAACUGCUGCCCGAGAAUGGAUAUGAACAGAUGUCACCUAAACUAGUCCCCCUAUUUUCAGGGUUAACUUGUUACCAGAAUAACUAUGAUACCUACCCUGGUUUUGAGGUUUACAGCAUGAGAGAGCUUCUUCUUUUUUAAGCUAUAAACAUGGUGGUAGUCUAUGCUAGUUUAAAUUACAAUAAAAAGCUGUUACAUUUUAUGACACUGGUAAAACUGGCAACUGGAUUUAGGCUUCUAAUCUCUUCUCACAUUGAUUCAUUUUUAUCUUCAAUUUCUAGGCUGCUUCUUUUUUGGUUAGAUUAACCUUAGUUACUAUUUGCGGAGGGCUGUAUAAGUCAAUAAAAUGUGAAUUUCCUCCAUACUAGCUAUACAUAGAAAGAAAAAAACUUUGGUGAACAACACUUGGAUAUUAAGACUUGUACUUGCCUGGUGCUUAUUAUCAGAAAAGCUGCAAAACCUGCAUCCAUCCCUUCACUUAAGAAUAGGUAUACUACAGCACAUAGGAAAAUAUGCCAACUUUCAUUGCAGCUUUACUUUACUGUUGAAUUUAAGAAAAGUCUUGUUUUCUGAAUCUGUCAGCCACUAUGGACAGGUACUCACAGGGCUCUGGAGACCCCAAUCCUGUACAUCCUGGGAAUUCCCACGAAGGAUCAGGCCCCUCAAAUAGUGGGAGGGACUGCCAGGCUUUCCCUACUUAAAGACACACUCAAGAUUAUCAGGGCUAUGUCUCUAUGCAGGAAAUCUGAGAUACACCUCAGGUUCCCUGGGGCACAUCUCU